GGGCGGGGUCUCUCAGUGGCUAUACAAUGAUGCCCCUCCUUUCUCUUUAAGGAUUGAGACAAGCGUCAAAAGCCACAAAGAACCUUCCCAAAGUAGGAAACUACCCCCCCUUCGUUGUCUUCGGCCGCCGUCCCUUUGUUCCUUCCUGGCCUUUCUCUCGCCAAUACUCAUGGAAGGCUCAGCGAAUGAACGCAUUGAUUUUGGGAAGAUGGGUUACGGGUGCAAGCAUUACAGAAGGAGAUGCAAGAUUCGAGCUCCCUGCUGUAACGAGAUCUAUCCAUGUCGCCAUUGUCACAACGAGGCCACGAGCAUGAUGAGCAACCCCUGCGAUCGGCAUGAACUCGUUCGAUACGACGUUAAACAAGUUGUUUGUUCAGUAUGUGACACAGAGCAGCCGCUUGCUCAAGUUUGUACAAACUGCGGCGUCAAUAUGGGGGAAUAUUUCUGCAAAGUUUGCAAAUUCUAUGAUGACAAUGUUGAGAAAAAUCAGUUUCAUUGCGUUGAUUGUGGGAUCUGCAGAGUUGGUGGUCGUGAGAACUUCUUUCAUUGCAAAAAGUGUGGGUCUUGCUAUUCAGUUGGUCUGCGUGAUAACCAUUUGUGUGUCGAGAACUCCAUGCGGCACCACUGUCCAAUAUGCUAUGAGUAUCUUUUUGACUCACUUAAAGACACAAUUGUAAUGAAAUGCGGACACACAAUGCAUUGUGAAUGUUACGAAGAGAUGGUAAAGCGUGGCAAAUAUUGCUGUCCCAUAUGCUCAAAGUCAAUAAUAGACAUGUCUCGAACCUGGAAGAGAAUAGAUGAGGAGAUAGCAGCAACCGUCAUGCCUGAGGAUUACCGGUUCAAGAAGGUCUGGAUACUGUGUAAUGAUUGCAAUGAUACUACUGAAGUUUACUUCCACAUAAUUGGGCAGAAAUGCAGCCAUUGCAAGUCAUAUAAUACCCGCUCAAUUGCUCCUCCAGUUCUUCCUCAAUGAUUAGACUAUUGUUACGGGAAUUUUUCCGGCCAGGUAGGCGCAUCGAAAGCUUGCACGCUACCCCGCAUAUUUUACGGAAGGGAUAUUCAAUUGUUUGUUCAAUCAUAUUGAACUAUUGUCCUUAUUGCAUCAUUAUAUUAUGAAAUUCAUGUGUGCCUCAGAAACUCUUCUCAGGUUAUUCUUCAUUGA